UAGCGCUUAUGAAUGAAUCGUUCUUGGAAACGCGUUUUAGUGUAGUUAUGGCGUUUUUAUGUGAAAGCACGUGGCUGAAGCAUUGUUUUGAAAAAAUAUAAAAUAAUACAAAAUAAAACAUUAUUUUAUUGAUAGUCUUGUUAACAAUCGAAGCUGAGUGUAUGCAUAAUUGAGUAUCCAAAAAUAUCAAGUAUAACCUUUAAAAAAAUCUUGUUUCAUUUCUAUUAAAAAUAAAAUAUUUAGUGUAAUAUUGUAGUUAUUACAAAUUUUGUUAGAGAAAAUGAGUGAUCAAGAUUCAGAAGAAGUUUCGAAAGUUAGCGGUCCUGUGGAUAAUGCUUGGUCCUUAAAAAUUCCAGCAUUUAAGCCUAAAGAUAAUCCACAUCGUCUUUUAGAGGAAAGUUCUUUUGCUACUUUGUUUCCAAAAUACAGAGAACAGUAUUUAAAAGGACAUUGGUCUCUUAUACAAAAAGCAUUAGAUGAAUAUGCGAUCAAAGCAGAGUUAGAUCUGGUGGAAGGUAGCAUGACGGUUAAAACGACAAGAAAGACUUGGGAUCCGUAUAUUAUUGUAAAAGCACGUGAUAUGAUAAAGCUCAUGUCUAGAUCGGUACCCUUUGAACAGGCAGCAAGAGUAUUACAAGAUGAUAUUGGUUCUGAUAUUAUAAAAAUAUCUUCUCUUGUAAGAAAUAAGGAAAAAUUUGUUAAGAGACGACAAAGAUUGAUCGGUCCAAAUGGAUGUACAUUAAAAUCUAUUGAAUUAUUAACCAAUUGCUAUGUACUAGUUCAAGGACAAACAGUCUCUGCGUUAGGACCUUAUAAAGGUUUACAACAAGUUAGACGUAUCGUUGAAGAUACUAUGAAAAAUGUUCAUCCUAUUUAUAAUAUAAAAGCAUUAAUGAUUAAAAAAGAAUUAGCAAAAGAUCCUAAAUUGAAAAAUGAAAACUGGGAAAGAUUUUUACCUAAGUUUAAUAGUAAAAAUGUAAGUAAGAGGAAACAACCAAGAAAAAAGACAGAGAAGAAACCGUAUACUCCAUUCCCACCACCACAGCAAGAAAGCAAACUUGAUAAACAGCUUGCAUCUGGGGAAUAUUUCUUAAAGGAAGAACAAAAGAGAGCAAAGAAAAUGAAAGAGCAAGAAGCUAGACACGAAGAGGCUAAAAAGAGAAGAAUUGAACGUAGAGAGCAGGCAUUCAUUCCACCAGAGGAAAAACUUGAGGAUAAAAAUGUAAAAAAUACAGAAGUAAAUAUUGAUGAAUUAAAGAAAAAGAUUAAAAAAGUAAUGAAAAAAAGUAAUACAAAAUCGUAGAAAAGGACAUAUGGGAUCAAGAUUUUGUGCAUAUGCAAAAUAUGAACAAAUUUUAAACUAAAUCAAUUUUAGAAUAAAUAAAUAUUUUUCAGCAGAAGUGUCCUAUAAUUUUAUUAGAAAAACUUUAUCUAGAAUUACUGUAAUAUUGUAAUCUUAUCUUAUAUUUAUAUGUAUGUAUACAUUUAUGCAUAUGUAAUAAUUAUUAUACAUUUGCGAAAUAUAGGAUGGAGGAGAA